AUGAAAAUAUUAUUAACUUUAUUGCUUGGUGCUGCUGUGCAGUGUCCAAAUAAAGAGCUUUUUAUUGCAAGAAUAAAAGAAUUGGAUGUGGAUAUUCAGCAUGCAAUUGUCGAACUCAUUAAGCAGGUGACUGAUAAUCAUAGCUUGGUGCUGACAGAAGAAUCUAUUGAUCUACUAACACCAACUGUUAUGUAUAAUCAUAUACUUCGUCUAACAAAGGAGCGUGAUAAUAUGUAUAUGAAAUGGAUAUCAUCUAUAUGUACAGAGCCAGAUGUAAAUAUGUCCUCAUGUGUGGAUGGAAAUGCUAGUUUACCGCUGUCACCAUCAAGUAGCUUGAAAUCUUCCUGUACACCAUCUUCUUCCAAUUCAGAAAGCAAUCAUUUGGCUGUUGAAUUAGCUGAUUUGAAAUCUAAACUGCGGAAGUUGAGACAAGAAUUGGAAGAAAAGGCGGAGAGCCAGUUGGAAUUGCGUGAAGAAUUGGAACACAAAAGCGCACAAUACGAAAAACUUAGAUCUGAGAGUCAGGAAUGGUAUGCAGAAGCUAAACGUGCAGCAGCUUAUCGCGAUGAAGUUGAUGUGCUGCGAGAACAUGCUGAGCGUGCAAAUAGGCUUGAGAUCGAAGUGCAAAAAUUUCGUGAAAAAUUAACCGAUGCUGAAUUUUACAAAACUCGUGUUGAAGAAUUAAGAGAAGACAACCGCAUGUUAUUAGAAACAAAAGAAAUGUUAGAAGACCAAUUACAACGGUCACGUAAGCGUUCUGAACAUGUUAUGACGCUCGAAUCUGAAAUAAUUAAAUAUAAACAAAAACUUAAUGACAUGGCAUUGGAGCGUGAUGUCGAUCGUUCAAAGUUGGAAGAACUAUUAGAAGAAAAUACACAACUGCAAUUAGUGGCCAAAAAUUUGAACACAACUCAAGAAAUUGAUAAAUCAUUUUCGGACAAUGAAGACGAAUGUAAUUCAGGCGAUAACAGUUUAUCUGAACAAUUGACAAAUAAUGCACAGACUCGUGCCUUAAAACUUGAACUUGAAAACAGACGACUUGCUGCUGCACUUGAUCAGCUAAAAGAAUCUUCAUUCCAUGAAUCAACAAAUAAAAUAUUGGAAUUGGAAAAGGAUAAGAAGAAGUUUUCUUUAAAACUUGAUCAAAUGCAGGAAAAUUUGCAGCGACAAAUUCAACAGAAUACUGAACUUGAAAAUGUUUUUAAAAAUGCUUUGGAAGAGAAUAAAAAAUUGCAAGACACACUUGACAAUCGUCAAAAAUCCUAUGACAAACAAAGUCAAGAACGUGAAAUUGAUCGUAGUAAAAUGAUUGAUUUUGAAAAACACGUUGAAACAUUAAACAAAGAGAAACAACGUAUACAAACACUUAACGAAAGUAUACAGCGAAGAGCAGAUGACUUAGAACGUUUAUUGGAAACAAAAACUAGAGAAUUGGAACAGUUUUCAGAAAAAACUAGAGAAUAUGAUAAUACAAAAAUAAAGAUGUAUGAUUUGGAAAACAAAUUAAGUUCGUUUGAGCGAGAAAAUGUUAGCUUAACAAAAGAAGUAACAAAACUAAAAGAGAGUAUUGAAGAAAAAUCUGUACAACUUGACGAGACUACAGUCAAAUUGGAAACACAAACGAAAGAAGUGACGCGUCUGGUAAAGGAAGUUAAAGAAGCUGAAUUGACACAGAUUAAAAUCACAGAUUUGGAAAAACAAAAUCAAGAUUUAUUAUCGCAGCGCGAUAUUGAUUCCGAAACAAUUGAGACUCUACGCAACGAUUUAGUGUCCGGUACACUUGCCACAAAUAAAGUAAGACACAAUUUGGAAAAACUAGGACUAACUGUCGAUCAAACAGAUGCAAAUGCUGAAAUAAAUGUCGAAACAGUUGUGGAAAAAUUAGUACGCAAUCCGGAAACUUUCAAAACAGUACGAGAAAUCAUGCUGAAUGUGUCAAAAGAACAACAACAAAAUUCAAACACUAAAUCAGAUAUGUGUGUAUUAUGCCAUCGUAAAGAAAUCUAUACAGUGGAGAAGAAUAUUGAACUUUCGAGCGAACCACAAGAGUUAAGUUUCGAGCAUAGAAUUAGAGUCAGUCCAGCAAGAGAAACUGCUGAAUUAAUGCGUUUAUCAGAAGCAAAUACGAAAAUAAACGCACUAAAUACAGCAUUACAAUGUACAAAUGAACAAUUGCAAGCAGAUAAUGCACGUUUAAGUGUUGAUGUAGCUACACUAGGUUCACAGAUAACUUCUUUAAGUAAUCAGCAUAUAGCUCUGCAGUUGGCAAAUUCACAAUUGGCGGCUGAAAAAGAUGUGCUACUAAAACAAAUCGAGACUGUGAAAAAAGAACACAAGAAUUUGCUACACGACCAAGUUACAAUGCAAACCUUACAUGAUCAAUUGUCUUCUGAAUAUGAUUCACUCAACAAAGGCAAGGAACAACUUAAAAGCGUUGUGCGAGAUUUACGCAAUGAGUCGCGAGAGUUACGGGAACAUAUUGACAGUUUGGAAAAGCAAAUUGAAGAUCUAACCAAAGAGAAUGCAUCUAUGAAAUCGUGUUCAGAAGAUUUAUCUAUUUUACGCACGGAACAUUCAAAAUUAACAGAUGAUUUCCGUAAUCUAUUUGCUACAAGCGACCGCUUUAAGAACGAAUACAAAAAUAUACAAGAGCAAUACAAAAUGAUACGCAACGAAAAUAGCAAACUUAAGUUACAAAAUACAGAAUUAAGUGGAGAAAUAAAUAGCAAGAGCGAUCAAGUCAAGAUGCUAGAAAUCGAAUACAGCAAAGCAAUACAGCGUUGUGAGAUGUUGCUGCAAAUGAAUUCUGAUCUUGAUACUGAUCGAAAAACACUUAUGGACAAUGUGUCACAACUGCUAUCCCAAUAUCACGAAUUGUUGUCACAUUCAUUAGAAGAUAAGCAACAUUUUCAUGAAGAAGAAAAAAGUUACACCGAACGUGUUCAUAAUUUAAGCCGUCAGAAAGAAAAAUUGGAGGAAAAAAUAAUGGAACAUUAUAAAAAAUCUGAAAGCACAGUACCUAAGAAAAAACCAUUUGCCAGUAGUUUAGUACGACGUGUAAAGAAAGCAAGUUCUGAUCUAAUGAAUAAAGUGCCCAGCAGGAAUCGACGUUCUUGGGUGGAUGAUUCACGUCUUACUCAAUCCCAAUUUAUAAUAGGCUCUGAAUCUGGUGGAAAUGAUUCCGAUAACAGCACUGAAGAGCCUAUGUCUAUCGUAUCUGAUACACAUCUUCUACAACGUAAUAUACCAAUGCGUCAGAGUCUACAGCGUGAUGCUAAUAAGGAUAAUACAAUUGUACGUGGUGGCGUGGUGCGGAGUAGUUUACAAGCACAGAAACGUACGGAUUUAAAUAAUUCUCGUAGAAAUAGUGUGCACGGACUCGAAGCACCCGAUGUCACAGGCAGUAGUUUAACACUUGGUACUGCUGGUUCCAGAAGGACAGUCUAUUUAAUUGAUGAAAAUCAAAAAAUUCCUGAUUCGAAUAGUCAAGCACAAGUAUCACCAACAAAUAGUAAUACAUCAUCAACAACACUAGGUGCGAAUACAGCUGAACCACAAACACCCACAAAUAUACAUACACAAAACAACGAUAAUCCUUCCACAUUUCUAAUGUAUAAUCGUAUUAACACCAUGAUUGGUAGUAAUCCAAGUGAUCAACAGAACCAAGUUCAAGGCAAUACAACACGCGAGAGUACACCAACCAAUAGCACAAUUAAUCCGGAUGAUAAAUUGCUGCGUAAGCGCACAGACGAUAAGAAUAAUAGUAUUUGGUAUGAAUAUGGUUGCGUUUAAAUUAAUUUAACACAAACCAACAUUCUAGUAAUUGGUUUUAGUAAAAGUAUUAUAAUAUACACUUUUGGAUAACUUUUCAUCCAUCCAUCCACUAAGGGUUUGACGUUAUAA